AGGAGGAAAGAGGACGUAACGAGGAAGACGAGAAGCAAGCGACAAAUGGCUUGUCAACAGUGGCGACCUGACCGCGGACGAUGCAUCAGAACCUACGGAAUCGUUCUCCUUUUGUCGACGAACAAUUUCCUGCAGUGUGUCAACGGGUACCUGAGUUCCUCGCACGUUGGCCAGGAGCCUCCGUACACCAGAGAUGCCCAGCCAGGCUCGGUCAUCACCAGCCCGGAGGUGCCUGCUGCAGCCUCAGCUUCUUCCACUGAUGAGGAGAGCUACGCCUCCAAAUGUCCCAGUGGGGGGCUGUGCAGUCGAUUGCCCGCUGACUGCAUACAAUGCAAUUACCAGCACAAUUGCACCUACGGGAAACCAACCUCCUUUUCCUGUAAACCCAAAAAGGGCGUUCACUGUGUUGGAGAGUCGGGCCAGCAGCAAAGCAACUUGUCUCUUUCUGUCACCUGUCAGUUUUGCUGGCAGCUGGACGCAACGCAGUACCGCUGCUCCAACUCCACCAACUGCAUGACUGUGGCCUGCCCCCGGCAGCGCUACAACGCCACUUGCAACGUCUUGGAGCAUGUGCACUGUUUAGGUAAAAGGCGUUUUCAGAAGCGUUUGUAUUGUAACUGGACCGGAGGAUACAAGUGGUCCACGGCGUUGGUGCUCAGCAUCACCCUCGGUGGUUUUGGGGCAGACCGCUUUUACCUGGGCCAGUGGAGAGAGGGUCUAGGCAAGCUGUUCAGCUUCGGAGGUCUUGGCAUUUGGACUUUGAUAGACGUGCUUCUCAUCGCCGUGGGUUACGUGGGCCCGGCAGAUGGUUCUCUCUACAUCUAAAAAAAGACAUAGGAGAGGAUGUUUCAGGCACGGCUCGUGCGCCAAGGACUGAUGAUCUCCCGAUACCACUUUCUCAGCACCGCCCCGGCAUUCCCAUCUGCUAAGACGCAGGAAGUGUUUUCACGCCUCGUACCCGAGGAUGACUGCGCACACACAAACACAAAGACAAGCGGCGGCUCAAUCCCAAUCAGUCUCCUCUGGCGUGAGCGAGCAGAUGGAGCACUGUACCCGGCAAUUAAGUCCUGAUGGGAACUCGCUCUUUGAAAAGAGCCGCUGAGAUUAUCUCGGACCGCCACAGCAGUGGUUGGUUUUCUCUCACUGAAGGCUGAUUGAGACGCCAUCAGGUGACAAGUUGAGGAAUACAAUGAGUCUCAACUGUACAACUAUAAUCCCUGGCCCCCCCGAGUAAUAUACAGUAUUGUAAUAAAAGGUCUCCACUAAGGCUGCGUUAUUUUAGGACCCUUUCACACUGCCUGUGAAAUUGUAUUUUGUUUACUGUUUCCUGUGUCGAUUUUUCUGUAUUACUGGCAUUGACACGCGAUGGUGGUAUGAGGCAAUUUUCCAGCUUUGGAGGUCGUAUCAGAGCCAUAACUGUAAGAAAAUUACACUAAUGAUCACUUUGUUGUAGUAAAAGAUUAAGCUCUUUUCACUCUGCUCAUAAAAUAAGAUUUUUUAUCAGGUUUUUCCAUAUAAAUUACACUGACCCGCAAUAGGGGUGCAAAGGUAACUCAUCGAUUUUCUGGCUUCGGAGGUAGUAUCAGGACGGUAAGAAGUUCAGACCACAACUGUAAGAGCAUUAAACCAAGGAUUGCUGUCCUGUCCUGUAUUAUAGUAAAAUGUAGACCCUGUUUCACACUACCAGUAGGAACUGGAAUUUUCUUAAUCUCCCCCCCUGUAUAAAUAAGGCAAAUGCCGAAUGGGGAUACGAAGUCUACCUGACAAUCUUCCAUCUUCAGAGGUAGAAUUAGAGUCAUCAAAAAAGUUCAGGCUGCAACUGUAAGAAUAUUACACAGAGGAGGAAUUAAUUCUUAGUAAAACGUUAUGUCCCUUUAACUGCUUUUUCCAAAUAAGUGACGGCGACACAGAUUGGGAGUAUAAAGUCGACAGGGCAAUUUUACGAUCGGAUCCGUAACAUAAGUUCAGGCUGCACCUGUAAGAACAUUUCCUCAAGUGAUCUAUUGGGAUAGAAUUGUAAGCAUGGACAUCGUCCAAGGCUGAAUAUUCUUAAGCCCCUUUUUCAGUCCUUGUAAACAUUUAUUUUCAUGACCGUUCCUAUAUUGCUGUUCUGUAUUAAUGACAUUGAUGUGAAAUGGGGGUUGUCAAGAUGACAGACUAAUUUCCUCUUUCACCACUUGCAUAUAAGGGCAUUCCGCUGUGCCAGGAGCAGGGUGUGAAGUUUUAACACCUGCCGCUUACCAGGGAGGCUCUGGGACAGUACACACGUUUGCGGCAAGCCUUUUUCGCUGGAUUUUACGUAAAAGGCAAAGCUGGAUAAAUACCGACUCCGAUGCGGCAAUUUUAAGGGAUCUGUGUGUGUGAAAGGGCGUCUAAUUUGAAUCAGCAUGUUGCAUAGACUUGACUAAGACUUUUCGGGUAGUUUUUUACAUUAUUCAGCUCACUGAAAUGCGGACUAGCAAUGUAAACUAAACGUCCAUAAUGUCGGUAAAAGGUUGAGUGUGUAUAGAAACGCAUUACGGGUCUGGAGCUGUCAUCACUUCGGUGCAAUGGAGCCAACAUUAUCUUCUCUUACUGUGUGUUUGUGCGUAUAUGACCGCUAAUGUCGCAAUUCCUGUGUUGCCCUGAAGUGACUGACAGGAUCAUAGGGUUGGACGAAGAAAUGACAUCAUAAGCAAGUGCAUCAGAAUCAGCUUUAUAGGCCAAGUUUGUUGCAAGACACAAUGAAUUUGUCUCCAGUAGUUGGAACCACUCUAGUAUAACAACAAACAGCCCAUAUGGCGAAAUAUACAUUUAGGACAUAAAAAACACCAGUGGGGAGAAUCAUUGAGCAAAUGAAAGUACCACUAGUGUGGUGAUGCUGACAUAAUGGCAAUUGUCCAAAUGAUUCAGAUUCAUCAAGCAGUUAGAGCAGUUUAAAAGUGACUAAUAUGCACUGCUCUGGUUCAGUGAUGAUUGUGCAAACGGUGCAGAGAAUUCUCAAAAACGAGUGAUAACAACAGGAUGCAAAUAGUGCAGCGUGAUAAAACAGUGAGUGUAUGAAUAAUGUAGAAUUGUCGUAACAGGGAUGUGCAAAAUUGGCAGCAUGUUACAAUGAAAUUGUAAGUUAACUGUUUUAAGAGGUUAAUGGCAAGAGGGGCAUAAACUGUUGGAAUAUCUGCUUGUUUUGGUUUGCAUUGUUUGAUAGCGCCUCCCUCAGGGAAGGAGCUGGAAUAGGUGGUCACCAGGAUGUGGAGGGUCCAAGAGGGUUUUGCAUGCCCUUGUUUUAGUCCUGUUAGCAUGCAAUUCCUCAAGAGUGGGUAGGUGGGUACCAAAUGUUUUUUUCGGCAGCCUUGACUGUCCGUUACAGUCUUUCUGUCAAACCAGACUGUGAUGGAUGAACACAUUCAGAGCAUUAAUCCUCUCUCUUGCUGUAGGACCUUUUCUUGCCAUGUGUGCAAUGUGCAGUUCAUGUUCAUGUGUACUUUGUUUUUUUUAAAAACACCGUAAAUGAAAUUUUUUGUUGUGUAAAUAAAAGUCAUGAAAUGCAA